AUGACGUCAUAUUUAUACAAGAGCACUAUUAUGGGUUACUUGAAAAAGUACAUCCGUGGUCUCGAAUAUGAUCAAGUCUCGGCGUCGCUCAUGUCAGGCGAGAUCACUCUGCACGCAUUCGAGCUCGAAAUCGACGCUAUACGGGAAUGGGUUGACACUAUCCUACCGUACACGACUGAAAUCACUCGAGCUUACUGCAGUAUGGCCGUUGUUAAGAUACCGUGGACUCAGAUCCGGUAUAAGCCA